GGACCUAUCGCAUUUAUCAUGCAGCUAGUAACUGUGUCUGUAUCGAAUAAACAUCGAGGUUUGCUUUCUGGUCUGCCGUGCGUGCUGUGACUCUGGACUGGUGCUGUCUGGCUGAAAAGCCCGGACUGCGCCUCACUAGUGUAUGAUUGUAUGGAUUGUGAGUCUGAGUCCGAGUUCACCUUGAUGUCUAUGACUCUUUGCUACCUUUGUUUCUUUGUUCACUUGUUGCUGUCGAUGCUGUUCAUCUUGUUGUCGUCAUCGACUCCAGCGGUCCCCCUUUUUAUCCUCGCUUGUUGUGCUCCGUCUGUUCUCCUUUCAGCCUUUCUUCUAUUACUUUUUUCGUUUUGUCAUUCGCCGUAGGCCCAAUUGCGGUGGCGCCAUCACGUAAGCAGACAGUCGAGAGUCUC